AAGAGAGAAAGAAGGGAAGAGAACUCGAAGCUUUGCUCUGUUGCUCUGUUGGUCUUUCAUGGAGAAACACAGUUGUAAACUCUGCUUCAAGAGUUUCGCUAGUGGUAGAGCUUUGGGUGGUCAUAUGAGGUCUCAUAUAGCCAACCUGUCGACACCCUCAAAGACCCAGCAAGUCUAUCCCCAUCACCAUCAUCUACUCGGAGAUGAGACUGACUCUGCCUCGUCUGCAUCUUCUUCUUCGUCGUCUUCUUCUGAUGAGGAAGAAGAAGAAGAAGAAGAAGAAGAGAAAGGUUUGUCUUAUGGGUUGAGAGAGAAUCCAAAGAAGAGCUUUCGUUUGGUAGAUCCUGAGUUUUCUUUUGCCGUCGAUACUGGGUCGGUUGUUCAGGACAGAGAAAGCGAAACAGAGUCAUCUAAGAACCCAUCAAGGAGAAGAUCGAAGCGAGAUCGCAAAUCCAGUAUGAUCGGAGAGCAGAGAAAUCUAUUACAACAGCCAGAGACACCAGAGCUUAAGAAACCCAAGUCGAGCAAACCCAGUCAAGCUGAGUCACCGUCGGAGCCGGAACCUGUAAGUUCUGUAUCUGAUACUACUCCAGAGGAAGAUGUUGCUCGGUGUCUUAUGAUGCUCUCUAGGGAUAUAUGGAUGAGAAAGGAGGAAGAACAAGAACAAGAACAAGAAGCAUAUGAAGAAGAAGCAGAGAAAUCUAUGGAGGAAUCAGAUGAUUCAGAAGAACUCAAAUUCCCAACUCGAACAAGGGGGAGGUACCAGUGCGGGACAUGCAAGAAGGUGUUCCGGUCGUAUCAAGCUUUGGGUGGACACAGAGCAAGUCACAAGAAGAUCAGGAGCUGUACUCCAUUUUCCUCCUGUGCUGCUCGAACCCAUGAAGCCGAAUCAGAACCAGGUAAUGCAGGUGCUUCUAAUGUCGAUCGGAGAAUCCAUGAAUGCCCUGUUUGUUUCAGAGUAUUUGGGUCUGGACAAGCACUUGGUGGACACAAGAGAUCUCACCUCUCUGGUUCGGUUACAGCUAUAAAUACUGUAAAAUUUGGAGACAAUUUGAUAGAUCUUAACCUUCCAGCUCCGGUUGAUGAAGACGAUAUGAGCCAAGUUGAGCUCUCCGCAGUCUCAGAUGCAGAAUUCAUUGAUCCAACCAAAUGACAUAUUUUGGAGAUUAAAUUUUGUGCCAUUAGAAGGGAUUAAAGUGGAAACUCCAAGCUCUCAACUCAACUAGGAGGUAAAAAAGAAAUACAUCAAACCUUGUUGUUUAUCAAUUCGAUCUGUGAUUAUUUUCGGGUUGGUUAGGAAAUUGGGGCAAUGGGUCUCUGUAUUUACAGAUUCUUCUUCUCAAAAUCCAUGAUUUCCCCUCCUUUAUCAAACAAUCUUUCUUUUUCAUUUUUCUUCUUUACUGACUGUAAUUCAUUCCUCGCAAUUUAUUUUAAGUUCUGUUACU